AUGAGUACUGGGAGUGUCGCCUGCGCUGCAAUCGCUAGGGGAUGCUCUUCCUUGCGACUGUCUCGCUCACGCGAUACUUCUGUAGCUGCUGUCGCUGGCUUGUCUUUUCGCCUGCAGGAUGAGUACAACGGGAGCGCUGUCGUGGCCAUGGCCGGUCACCAGUGUGUGGGAAUCGCGGCGGAUCGGCGUUUAGGGAUUAAUCGCUUUAAUACAAUCUCCAACGAGUUCGACAAGUGCUUCAAGAUGAACCAGCAGUGCUUCGUUGCGUUUCCAGGCCUGGCAACGGACGUGCAGACUAUGCACAAAGAACUGCAGUUCCGCUGCAACUUGUUUGCUCUGCGCGAAGACAUCACGACUAUGCCGCCUUCUCUCAUUUCCUCCUUGAUCUCAUCGAUGCUCUAUCAGAGGCGGUUCGCGCCUUUCUUCGUCUCGCCCGUGGUGGCUGGACUCGAUCCUAAGACUCACGCGCCUUUCCUCUCGGGCUUUGACUGUAUUGGAGCCUCUUGCCACGCCAAAGACUUCAUAGCUAAUGGAACUGCCAAGGAGCAACUUGCCGGCAUUUGUGAAGCCAUGUGGAGACCUAACAUGGGCGAGGAGGAACUCAUGGAAACUCUUUCUCAGUGUCUCCUCGCGGGUGUGGAUAGAGACUGCGUCUCAGGGUGGGGAGGCAUUGUCCAUGUAGUGACUCCAGAGAAGAUCAUUACGCGCCAUCUAAAGGGGCGGAUGGACUAA